AUGGAGCUGCAUGUAAUAGAAACGAAGAAUCAAAAACAGUGGAAAGACAACAAGGCCUUUGAAUCACAGGAGCAGGAUCAGAUAUGCACUGAUGUGGACAGAGCUUCCGGAGCUACAGACGAUGCGCACGACGAGACAGGCCGACACAACAAAAGCUUGCUGGAGAAGAAAACAGAGGCACUCCAGGUCUGUUUGGCUGAGCACAAAGAUCAGAUUGGCCUGAUUAUACACCUCGUUUUAGCAGCAGGCUUCGUUGCCAUGGUGAUAGCGGCGUGUGUUCUGAACUUCCACCGGGCUGUGGGGCUGCUGGUCAUCUCCUUGGUAACCAUGUUCUUCCUGGUCUGGGAUUGGAUGAUGGAGCGCUAUAGCGACCGGGUGUGGGAGGCUCUCUCUCCUAUCAGAGUUGCCCUCAGAAGAAACUGGUUUUGGAUCAGAUGGAUAAUAUAUGCGCUGCUACUGGUGGCCGUGGUGUGCUGGCUUGCACUGGACACAGCCCAGCGGGGGACCAGACAGCUCGUGUCUUUCUUUGGUUUGCUGCUGUUCAUCUUCCUAAUGCUGCUGUUCUCCAAACACCCAUUCAGGUGGUCUUGGCGAACUUUGCUUUGUGGAACCGGGCUGCAGUUUAUCUUUGGUCUGCUGAUCCUCAGAACCACAUCUGGCUUUAGAGCACUGAAAUGGCUUGGAAAGCAAGCAGAGAUGUUUAUGUCGUUCACAGAUGUUGGAUCUAAAUUUGUGUUCGGUGACAGUUAUACAGACCACCUGUUCGUCUUUAGGGUGAUGCCUAUAUUGGUGUUUUUAAGCUCGGUCAUCUCCAUUCUGUACUACGUUGGCUUCAUGCCGUGGCUCAUUUGCAAGAUUGGAUUCAUAAUGCAGGUUACCAUGGGAACAUCUGCGACAGAGUCAAUGGCUGCAGCUGGAAAUAUAUUCCUUGGAAAUACAGACUCACCUCUACUGAUUCGUCCGUACAUCAGUGAGCUAACGGUCUCUGAGAUCCAUGCUGUGAUGACAGGGGGGUUCGCCAGCAUCUCUGGUUCCAUUUUAGGAGCCUUUAUCUCCUUUGGGGUUGAGGCAACACACUUGUUGACAGCAUCAUUAAUGUCCGCUCCAGCCUCUCUGGCCAUCGCCAAGAUAUUCUGGCCUGAAAAGGAGGCAUCCAUCAAAACGUCCCCUCAUGACCUCAAAAUAGACAAAGGAGACAGUCAGAAUGUGUUGGAAGCAGCGUCCCAAGGUGCAUCUCGUGCUGUAGGUAUGGUGGCCAACAUCAUUGUCAACCUCAUUGCCUUUCUUGCACUGUUGGCCUUUUUCGACGCCGUCCUCUCCUGGCUGGGUGGGAUGUUUGACUGUCCGCAUCUCAGCUUCUCGUUCAUCUGCUCCUAUGUGUUCAUGCCACUCUCCUUCAUGAUGGGAGUCUCCUGGGAGGACAGUUUCAUUGUUGCUGAGCUGAUUGGCAUAAAGACCUUCCUCAAUGAGUUUGUGGCCUAUCAGAAGUUGUCAGAGUUAAUAAAGAGGAGGAAGGCGGGAGGGCCGGAAUAUAUCAACGAUGUAAAGCAGUACAUUUCUGUCCACUCUGAAACCAUCGCAACCUACGCUUUGUGUGGAUUUUCCAACUUUGCUGCUUUGGGGAUGUCAGUUGGAGGACUGUCCGCCAUGGCUCCAGACAGACGAUCUGACAUCUCCAGUUGUGGCCUGAGAGCUCUGAUUGCAGGCAGCAUCUCCUGUUUCAUGACAGCUUGUAUUGCAGGUAUGUUGUACAUCCCUGAUCCUCAGUGCCAACACUUCCUGAUGGCAGAGUUCAAUAACACCAAUGUGACCGUCAGCCCACGGCUGCUCACCUGCUGCACACGGCUCUAUGACAGUGUGACGGUGUAUGAGCCAUGGAACGUGACGGCCGGGGAAGGAUUCAGUCAGAGCGGUCUGCAAGGCUGCUGCACACUCACACCGCCUAAACAUUUCAACUGCAGCUUGGUGCCGUGA